AACCUUCCAGGUGGGAGGGAUCGUUCCAUUGGAGAAGAUAUCACUGUAAAUUCUGGCUAAACAUCGAAUGGCGACUAAGGGGAGAUUUUUUUUGUCGACCAACACUAUAAUAGCACCACUUUAGCGAGCUGGGGUCUGCCUUUGGCAGAAAAACGUAUAGCGCGGUACAAAACACCGUAUUAAACGCCCGAACGGAACGAAACACCCGGAUAUAUUGGACGAAAUCUCGAAACGCGACUGUUCACUAUGAGCGAUACGAGACGAAUCUCAGAUGUGUAACUUUUGAACGGCGCAAUAGAUGGCACUGUUUCAAGUUAAUUUUCAACGUAUUUUUUGGAUGUCGGCAUUUGAAAUUUUACACACAUUUUUGAAGAUUUUUUGUUCGAGCUUGUACGUCUGUUCUCUGUGAUACAAGCUAGCCCACGAAACUUGUGUAAAAUUUCCAACGAAAGUUUUGAACAAUUCGAAUGUCAGCAUUUGAAAUUUUACACACUUUUUGGAAGAUUUUUUGUUCGAGCUUGUACGUCUGUUCUCAGUGGUAUUGGUACAGACUGUGACAUCAUAAUCACGAAAAAAAUUGUUAAUUUACUAGGAUACUUGCCUUUUUGAUGAUAAUUAAAAAAAUCUGCUCGAAAUUUUCCACUUUGAAAACAUGUUAUUUUCUAGAAGGAUUCUUGCUCUUCAAAAUCAGCACAACAAAAGUUGAAUUUUCGAAUAAUUUUCUAUACAAAAGACCAUCGAGAUAAAAAACAUCUGAUUCUUCAUAAAAUGUUAUAAUAGUUGAUUUAAACCUUUAGAAAUUAUUUUUCCGAAUCAUAAUUUCAGCACAAGCAACAAAAGUGAUGGAAGGUUUCGAACUAACAGCGUGUUCGUAAACUGAUUUGUUUGGGUGAUGCAUCGAUUUGUUUGGUCCAUCACCUUCCAAUGCUUUUGCAUACAGUUUGUUUAAUUUACGAACGCCAGCAUCGAUAGAAAAAAUCACUUCGAUACGCCGUAAGUGAUCGACAUUUACUCAGUUGUCGCCCUCAAGCACUCGAAUUCGCUGAGUAGCAAUAUUCGGGUCGUCUGAGUAGCCGCUUCUAAGUAAAAAAAUGAGUCGUUUUAGUUAAACCGACGGCUGCUUCAAACUCAUAUGUACUCAUUUAUUCAAAAGACAAUGUCUUGAAUGAAAUGGAGCCGGGCUCUGGGUACUUCAAAAUAAGCAAGUAUGUUUGUGUUCAGCGUGUCGGCCUUUUGUUUACAAACACCAAACGGUUUCAAAUAAUCUGAAAUUUUGUCAAAAAAUUUAUGAUUUCUACGUAAAAUCGCUAGUUUCCCUUCGUAAUUUCUUGUCUCGUGCCUUGUAUCCCGGAAUCAAUAUUUUCGAAACAUUCCCAAUGGAAAACAUCCUUGAACCAAGCAGUUCGGACGACAACAUGCCCUCGGACGGCGGAAACAAAAAAGAUAUCCAGUCGCUACUCUCGUCAGAGGAUGAUCUGUUCGAUGGACCGAAUCCGGUUUCCACCAUUAAGAUCGAACCUAGCCAAAUGCAGGACUAUCAUCAUCAUCAUGCCGGAUCUUCCAGCUCCCGUGGUGGCGCUUCCUACUCGAUGAGGACGGAAUUCGAAGACAUUAUUAUGCCGGAAAUCGGUCGGGAGAGCGCCAUGUCUUUAAGCUCCACCGAACUAAGCAAAGCUCAAAAGGAACUUGAGCGAGCAAAACGGAAAGAAAUGAAAAGCAAACGUGUUAUGGAGGAAGAGGAGCUGGAGAAGAUGCAGGUUCUAGUUUCCAAUUUCACCGAAGAGCAACUGGAUCGAUACGAGAUGUACCGGCGAGCGGCGUUUCCAAAGGCGGCAGUCAAGCGACUAAUGCAAACCAUAACCGGCUGCUCGGUUUCGCAGAACGUUGUCAUCGCCAUGUCCGGUAUAGCGAAGGUAUUUGUCGGGGAGGUUGUGGAGCUGGCCCUAGAUGAGAUGGAACGAACAGGGGAAACUGGCGCCAUUCAACCGAAGUAUCUGAGAGAAGCCGUUCGAUCGCUGCGGUCACGGGGACAGAUUCCGAACGGUCGGGGGCAUAAGCAAUUUUUCAAAAUGAAUUAAAUGGGUGGGUUUCUUGCGAUUUUUUAUACAUACACUAGCUGACCCGGUGUGCUUUGCUACACCUUUCAAAGACAAAUGGUAUUUUCAGAAAUUAUUCAAAUUUUUAUUGUUUUGUUGGCAUUAUUUUAAAUCAAAUUAUAACAUAAUUCAAAAGCAGCCGCAAUAAGAGCUGCAGCUGGAGUUUUGAAUUGCAAUACAAAGAUGACUUAAACUAUUUUUUUGAAUCUUAAUCUAUAAAUUUGUGUAAAGAUCUGAUAAUUUUUAUAUGUUUCUUUAAGCUUCGCCCUGAGCUGGAAAGGUCUCAAAUUAAUCAUACGCAAACAAUCUAACUUAUGAAUUAUGGUUAUGUUCUGAAUUUAUGCAAAGAAACUGAUAAGAAAACCCCCCGCUGUCCUUCUCGUCACCCCCUGCUGAAUGGAGGUCGGGAUCUUUAAUAAUCAUACCCAUUUUUUUCGAACCCAAAAAUCCUCUUAUAUCAACUAUAGUUUCAUUGGUUGAUAAGUUUUCAAGCUUUACAACAAAAUUUAUAUGACCCCUCCCCUCUUUCUUCCUCUCUCUACACUGUAAAGCGUAAGGGUAUAAGGCUAUAACAAUCGUAGAAAUAUAUCUCGUAACCAAAUACCUUUCCAUGCCAUAUGGACCUCCUCCCUCCUCCUAUGUACCUACUUACUGGAAGGAGGAUGGUGUGUCAAAUAAUCAUAGAAUCAUACCAAAACGAUUUCCAUGUUAAGUUUUGUCCAUUUUUCGGAUUUUGUUAAAAAAAAAAUGAAAUGUUAGCUUUCCUCUGCUCUUUCUAUAUUCCCAAUUCUACCCUGCUGCAAGAAAGGAAUUGUUUCACAUAGAAAUAUUUCUCGUUUUGAAAUACCAUCCCAGGCUCAAUUUGGUUUUAUUUGGGGAGAACCAUCCCUCCUUCCGUCCUCCCCAUUGAAUGGAGGGGUGAGAACUUAAUAUUCAUAGAAGUAUUUUUCGUACUCAAAUACUUUUUGAUGCCAAAUUUGGUUUCAUUUGCUCGAAUAAUUCUCGAGUUAUGCAAAAAUGCAUUUGUAUGUAAGCCCGCUUUCCCCCUUUAUCUAUAUUUUUCCGCUGAAAAAAAAAGUGGGGCUUCAAUUUAUAUGGAAACCUUUCUCGUAUCCAAAUACCUUUACAUACCAAAUAUGUUUCCCUUCGCUCGAUCAGCUCCCAUUUAUACUGAAAACUGUAAUGAUUACCCCUCCUCCACCUUUUCAUUCGCCUCUUUGAAAUAAUGAGGUAUACCAAAUAUUCAUAGAAGCAUUUCUCGUACCCAAAUAUCGUUCCAUGCCAAAUUUGGUUCCAUUUGCUGUUGUAGUUCUCGAGUUAUGCAGUAAAAAUUGUAUGAAACUCCCCUGCCUCUUUCUUUUCUCCACACUGGUAGAAGUAAGAGGUCUCAAACAAUUAAUACAUGUCUCGUUCCCAAAUACUCUUCCAUGCCAAAUUUGGUUCCAUUUGCUUAAUUAGUUCGCCAGUUAUUUAAAAAAAUAUAAAAAGCCCCCCCCCCUUUAUAUGUUUCUACUGGAAAGAGGCAGGGGUCAUAAUUAAUCAUAGAAACAUUUUACGUAUCCAAAUAUCCUCCCAUGUCAAAUUUGGUUCCAUUUGCUCAAUUAGUAUUUGAGUUAUCUAAAAAAUUAUAAGAAGGCCCCUCCCCACUUUAUAUCUUCCUACUGAAAAGCGGAGGGUUCUCAAAUAAUCAUAGAAAUAUUUUUCGUAUUAAAAUACCCUCCCAUGCCAAAUUUGGUUCCAUUUGCUUUAUUAGUUUUUGAGUUAUGUAAAAAUUAUAAAAGAGGCCCCCUUCCCUUUUCUACUGGAAAGAGGGAGGGGUCCCAAAUAAACAUUGAAAUAUUUUUCGUAUCCAAAUACCUUCCUAUGCCAAAUUUGGUUACAAUAUAUUGAUUAGUUUUCGAGUUAUAUGAAAAAUUGUAAGGUAGCCCCCCUCCCUCCUUUCUAUCUCCCCACUGAGAGGAGGGAGGGGUUCCUUAUAUUCAUAGAAACAUUCUUCG